AUGUCUGCCAAAGACCGUCUCUCCAACCUCUCCUCACACAUCAUGGGUUCCACUGCUCCCUCUGUAUUCACCGCGGCCACCGUGGCGGCCGCCCCCGAAGAUCCUCUCUUUGGAUUGAUGAAGGCUUACCGCGAAGACCCCUCCGACAAGAAGGUUGAUUUGGGAAUCGGAGCCUACCGCGACAACAACGCAAAGCCCUGGAUUCUGCCCGUCGUCAAGAAGGCCGACGAUGCUAUUCACAACGACCCCAGCCUCAACCACGAAUAUCUCUCCAUUGGCGGUCUCGCCGACUUCACCUCCGCCGCACAGAAGCUGAUCGUGGGCGCCGACAGCCCAGCCAUCCGCGAAAAGCGCAUCUGUUCUCUGCAAACCAUUUCGGGAACCGGCGCCGUCCACCUGGGCGGCCUCUUCCUCGCCAAAUUCCACCCCCAAAAGCCCGCCAUCUACCUCUCCAACCCAACAUGGGCCAACCACAACCAAAUCUUCACCAAUGUCGGCCUCUCCCUCGCCAAGUACCCCUACUUCUCCGUCAAGACCAAAGGCCUCGACUUUGAAGGCAUGAUCGCCGCGCUGCAGGCAGCGCCCAACGGCUCCGUCAUCCUCCUCCACGCCUGCGCCCACAACCCCACCGGCGUAGACCCAACCCAAGACCAAUGGAAGCAAAUCGCGACCCUCAUGCGCGAGCGCUCCCACUUCCCCUUCUUCGACACCGCAUACCAAGGCUUCGCCUCCGGAGACCUCGUCCGCGACUCCUGGGCCAUCCGCUACUUCGUCGAGCAGGGCUUCGAACUCUGCGUCGCACAGUCCUUCGCCAAGAACUUCGGUCUGUACGGUGAGCGCACAGGUGCUUUCCACUUCGUUUCUGCCCCCGGUCCAGACGCAGCCACCUCUUCUGCGCACAUUGCUUCCCAGUUGGCUAUUCUCCAGCGCUCGGAGAUCUCGAACCCGCCUGCGUAUGGUGCGCGGAUCGCGAGCCGUGUCCUGAAUGAUCCUACGCUCUUCAAGGAGUGGGAGGACGAUUUGCGGACUAUGAGUGGUCGGAUCCAGGAGAUGCGGACGGGUCUGCGUCAGCGUUUGGAGGCUAAGGGCACACCGGGUUCUUGGGAGCAUAUCACGUCGCAGAUUGGAAUGUUCAGUUUCACUGGGUUGUCUGAGGAGCAGGUUUUGACUCUGCGCUCUAAGUGGCAUGUUUACAUGACUAAGAAUGGCCGUAUCUCAAUGGCUGGCUUGAACACGAAUAACAUCGACUACUUCGCUGAGGCGGUCGAUAGUGUUGUGCGCGAGUCUUCUUAG